AUAUUAUAAAUACCAACACAUUACUUACUUCUAAGGCAAACCAUUCUCUGCCUCCAAUUUUCAAACUACAAAAUUCACAAUGACAACAUUUACUCUAACUAUCAAAUUUUAUUCUAUUCUUCUACCAUUUUUUAUCUUUGCAGAUACUGGAAUUUUGGUAGCAUCAUUUGGAAUCAACUAUGGACAAGUAGCAAACAAUUUGCCACCACCAACCAAAGUCCUUGAGCUUCUCAGCAAUUUAAAGAUCACGAAAACAAGAAUCUACGACACGAAUCCGGAGAUUCUCAAAGCCUUCGCGAACUCAAACGUGGAAAUCAUUGUGACAGUUGAGAAUCAAAUACUGAACCUGUUGAAUGAUCCACAACAGGCACUUCAAUGGGUGAAUACCAAUAUAAAACCGUAUGUUCCUGACACAAAGAUAACUGGAAUUCAAGUAGGAAACGAAGUGUUCACCGAAAUCGACUCGAGCCUAAUUCAAUAUCUUGUUCCAGCAAUGAUCAACAUUCAUAAUGGUCUAGUUCAAUUAGGGUUAGACACAAGCAUUCAUGUGUCAACACCUAGUUCAUUAGAAGUUCUUGAAGAAUCUUACCCUCCUUCAGCUGGUAGUUUCAGAAGUGAAAUCUCAGGAAUCAUGUAUCAGUUAUUGAACUUUUUGUCUAAAACAAAAUCACCCUUUUGGAUCAAUGCAUAUCCUUAUUUUGCUUAUAAGAAUGAUCCUAAUCAAAUAUCAUUAGAUUAUGUAUUAUUUAACCCUAAUCAAGGAAUGGUUGAUCCUAAUACAAAUUUACAUUAUGAUAACAUGCUAUAUGCUAUGGUAGAUGCAGUUACAUUUGCAAUAUCAAAAUUAGGGUUUAAUGGGAUAGAAGUUAGGGUUUCUGAGACAGGUUGGCCAUCCAAAGGUGAUUCGGAUGAAAUUGGUGCAUCAUUGGAAAAUGCUGAAAUUUAUAACAAGAAUUUGUUGAAAAGACAAAUGGCAAAUGAAGGAACACCUUUGAGUCCUAGAAUGAGAUUGGAAUCCUAUUUGUUUGCAUUGUUUAAUGAAGAUCUCAAGAAUGGACCAACAUCAGAAAGAAACUAUGGAUUGUUUGAGCCUGAUGAAUCUAUGACAUACAAUGUUGGAUUGUCUUCUUUUGCAAAAUCAUCAAAUCCAUCUACUUCAAUUUCUCUUACCUCCUCUGCCACUAGAACAAAGGCAGCACAAAAGGAAUACCAAAGCAUGUUCUACAGGGUGUUUGUGUAUUUGCUGAUUUCAUCACUUUGUGCCUUUGUUUAAGAAGACUAUUAUAACACUGUGGAGUGAUUCAUGUGUACAUACAUAUAUUUUGAAAAAGUGUGGCAUUUUUAUAUCUUGCAAAAUGGAGACCCUUUAAAGUAUAUUAUCAACCAUAUGAUAUAUAUUAUUAAAAGGUAACCCUAUUUUACAGAAUCAACAAUAUGAGGAAAAGACACAGCAAUUCAAUCAAGACUACGACUUAGUAUUCUUAUUAAUGUAUGUUUGGUAUUACGUUGAAUUUUUCAGAAUCACAAUAAGACUCACGUGUCUCAUUGCGAUGAUUCAGAAAAAUUCAGUAUAAUACCAAACAUGCACUUAAAUUGAUCAAGUGGCGAUUUAUUUACUUGAACAACCAUUAGUCACAAUCCAGCAAGAAGCAUGUGGUGGUGACGUUAGAUUGUGGUUAUUUUAGGGUAGAUAAGGACCAAAUGACACCUCAUUCUUUUAUUGUAGAAGAAUGUUUCAUUUUCAAAUUAAUUUAUUGUCAAA